GGUUAGCUGGCCAGAGUUUAGCACCUACGCUAACAUCAUGAAGGCGGGUCGGGUAACCCCGGUGAUUAAAAGGCAAGACAUUCACUUGUAAUUUUGCAAGAGGGGUCUCCGUAGUUUGUGAAACUGGACACGACGCCUGAUUAAGAAUUUGGCCCUGCAGAAUGUCCAAAAUCAGGCGGAAAGUAACAGUGGAGAAUUCGAAGACCAUAUCUGACAGCAGUGCGAGCACCACGACACCCUCGCGACGGCCAAGCGUGUUCGAAAGACUCGGCCCGAGCACGGGAGGGAAUGCUGCUGAGACACAUUGCAGAAACUGGUUGAAGACUGGGAACUGCAGUUACGGCAAUACCUGUCGCUAUACACAUGGAACUCAGCCACGAGGCAAAGGCUUCUCUGGAACGUUCAGCAGGUCAGCAGAGAGGCCCACUGGGGAUCUCCGGGAGAGGAUGAAGAAUAAGAGACAGGAUGUUGAUGCAGAUGCCCAGAAAAGAGAACCAGAAGAGCCCACAUCACCCACCACAACCAGAAAGCGCGACUCGUCCCGAGGACGACACCGGGAGAAGGAGGACAUAAAGAUCACUAAGGAGAGAACUCCAGCCAGUGAGGAGGAGACUGCCGACUGGGAGGCCAACCGCGAAGACUCUGAUAACGGUGACUACGACUACGAGCUGUCGUUGGAGAUGAAGAGGCAGAAGAUCCAGCACGAGCUGAUGAAGCUGGAGCAGGAGAACAUGGACAAGAGGGAGGACAUCGUCAUCAAGAAGGAGCAGGAUUCUUCCUCCAAGACCAGGACCGGUAGCACAUCAAAGGGUUCUCCAGAACGUGGCAGCUCCAAAGGCUCCCCCUCAUCCCGCAAGUCCAGCGGCUCCCCCAAGUACAAGGCCUCGGGGAAGGGCUCCGCCAAGAAGGAGAAGUCCUCGUCUUCAUCUGUCAUCUCCUCUCCGGUGUCGGACCAGGCCCGCGCUGAGGAGCCAGAGACACGGUUCUCCAAGGGAAGUCAUGGUAAGAAGAAAGGUCCGCGCACCCCCAGCCCCCCUCCCCCUGCCCCAGUGGAGGUCCACCCGGUGGGCAAGAAGCACAAGGGCAAACACAAGAACAAGGAGAAGUCAGAGGACCGCGCCAAGGAGGGCAAGGACCGGGGCAGAGACACGGAGAAACACAAGGAGAAAAAGGAGAAACGAAGGGACCGGUCAGAGAGCUCUCACCAGGCCAAGAGGUCUGUGACGUCAGAGGAGCGGUCUGGCAGCGUCUCCUCCCCCUCCAGAGACUUGUCCCCGUUAGCCAGGAGGAAGUCCCCCUCCUCCCCUAAAGCCUCCAGCCAGAAAGCCCCCGCCUCCGCAUCUCCACACCGGUCCCGUUCCUCACCUAUCCGUCAGCAGCGCAGCCCGUCCCCCCCACCCCCCGGCCGACACCACUCCCCUUCCUCCCACUCCGUCUCUCGCUCCUCCCCCCAGAGACACAGCCCCUCCCCCACCCCCCACAGACGCAACCGCAGCCCCCCUUCCCCGUCGCCAUCCUACUCCAGGAGCGACGCUCGCGCCCCUGCCGCCUCCUCGUCGUCACCACCACCGUCCUCAUCCAACGCCAGGGGGUCUCGCUCGCCCCUCACUCCCCGUGGAGGCUCCUCUCCCCAGGGACAGCGGCGAGGGAGCCCCGGAGGCCGACGCCACUCCCAGGGCAGAGAGAGAGGAGGGCGAGCGGAGCGGGACAGGAGUCCUCAGCAGCAGGAGAGGCGGCAUGACCGAGAGCGCAGAGAUGACUCCCGCGGCCGGCGUGAGAAGGAGGGCGGCAGCGGUGGCCGUGACGACCGAGAUCGGGACUACGAGGCGGAGCAGAGCAGCUCCCGAGACGGCCGAGACGAACGCGAGUCCCGGGACAGCCGCGACCGCCGAGACGCCGCCGCCACCACCAGCAGCAGCACCAGAGACCGCAGAGACACCCGCGAAGAACGCCCCGCACACAGCCGACAAGACACCAAGGACUCCUCCUCCUCACGAGCAGACUCCUCCCGCAGCGAGACGCGCUCUGCACGAGAUCCACCUCCCGAGAGGGAGAGGGAGAGGGAACGAGAGAGGGAGCGGGAGAGGGAGCGAGAGAGAGACAGGGAUAGAGAUCGAGAGAGGGAAAGGGAGAGAGAGCGGGAGCGUGAGCGCGGGGACAGGAAGGAGGAUUCGGCUGCCCAGGAGGAUCGUGGGAGUUUUGGGAAGGGUCACAGUAGCCGGGAGGAGGGAAGAGGAGAGGCUCGGGCGGAGGCGAGGACAGAGACGCGUGCAGAGAGGACGGGCCGAGGGAGAACGCGUGCAGCAGAGCCCUCGGAGAAAGGUUCUUCUCGGGGGUCACGAGCGUCUCCUAGCGACCGAGGCCAUGACAGCUGGGAGUCGAGGAGCGGUGGGCGAGAGCGGAGUGCUGAGAGGGGCUCGGAGCGCGGCAGCGACAGCAAGACUAGCGAACGAGGAAACGAUCGUUCCACGGACCGCUCCACAGAUCGUGCCACCGAUCGCUACGGAAACGAGCGGCAGAGGACAGGAGAGACGGCCCGAGACACCGCCCGGGACUCUUCAUACGACCGCAGGAAUGGACAGAAUGAACGCGAACGCAGGGACAACCGGGACAGAGACACGAGAGCAUCUUCUCCCGCUGGUCGCCACCAGAGUCGCGGAGAAGAGCCGGAGCGUGAUGAUCGCAGGGACGAGCGCAGCAGGGGAACGGACAGAGGGGACGACCGCAGAGACGACCGGGCCCGGGAGAGAGAGAGGGAGCGCGAGAGGGAGAGAGAGAAGGAGAAAGACAAGGACAAAGGCAGAGAUCGGGAACGGGAAGCGGAGCGCGAAAGAGAAAGAGUCAGAGAACGAGACCGGGAGAGGGAGAGGGAGAGAGAGCGAGAGAGGGAGCGCGAAGACCGAGAGAGGGAGAGGGAACGGGAAGAGCGAGAGAGGGAACGGGAGGAGAGGGAGAGGGAGAGAGAGCGUGAAAGGAAGGAGAGGGAACGGGAGAGGGAGCAAAGAGAGCGGGAACGACAGAGAGAGUGGGAGGAGAGGGAGAGGGAGAAGGGAAGAGAGGAGCGCAGAGACAGGAGGGAGGAACCCAGAGAUGACCGCUCUGUCAGAGACUCUCACGAGGAGCGCAAACCCAGUCGGAAGAGGCACAGGGUAACCGAAAACACCCCCAGCCCUCGCCCAUCUCCAAAGCGUGCCCGGGAAGCUAGUCCAGCUGACAGUGAUGGCUACAACAGCGCUGAAGAGAAAGGUCUGUGUGUUCCUCAAACAGGUGAUAAGCACCGUCUCCUGAGCCAGGUGGUGCGUCCCGCGGCCGACCCCGCCCGCUCCCCUGUCCGCACCGCGUCAGCCGACGACAAGCCCUCGCGCUGGAAAGAGGAGGACCGGCGUGGCGGCGAGAAGAAGGACGCCCGUGGUCGCGCCCACGAAGAUGCCCGAGGUAGCGGCGGCAGUGGAGGCAGCGCAGCAUCUGACCGGCGCGGUGGCGACCAGGACGGUGGUGGCGCUUCGUCAUCGUCAACUGGCCCCGACACCCGCAGAGGAGGGGACCGCAAGGACCGCGACGGCAGCCCCCCAGCUAGCGCUCCCCCAGCAGCCGAGGAGAGGGACCGGGACCGCGACAGGGAACCACCAGUGCUGCACGAGGAGGCCAAGAAGAAGACUAAAGGGCAGAAGAAGGGCCAGAAGAAGAACAGGAGGGAGGAGGAGAGAGCUAGCGGAGGAGGUGGAGGAUUAGGAGCCGGGGGACGAGAGGAGCGCUUCAACCCCGAGCCUCCGACCUCCAGCAACAUCCCCCCCUCGGAAACCCCACCACCACCCCUCAUGUCCCCUCGCAAGGUCCCCAAGAAGAAAGCCCUGGACAAGAAGCGCAAGCGCUCCCGUGGAGCUGACUCGGACGCCUCCGAGGACGACCCCGCGGCAGCCGGCGGCCACCACCCCCCCAGCAGCAAGCGGAGACGCGGCCCCCGCACCCCUCCACCAAUCAACAAGGAGGACCUGCUCUCCCAGAGGCAGCUGGCGGCCAAUCAGCAGCGCUCCCCUCUCCCCUUGCCACUCAGCGAUUGGUCGGACGAGGACGUGCCCGAGCGCGGAGAGACGGUGGCACCUCUUCCUCCCCCACCCCCACCACCUCCGCCUCCAGUCACCCUUCCCCUGCCCGAACCCAGGACCCUUCUCCCAGCCGAGGCGCUACCCAGUCGCAGGCUUGGACGGGGUAGGACAGACCCCCCAAUCGCCCCAUUACUCCCAGACCCCCCCAUGCUCCUGCCCACCCCUCUGCAGCCUCUGUUGCCCCAGCACCUGCUCCGCAAGCCCCUGUUGCCUAACGUCCCAGGCAUGGAGCCUCACCCAGCCGUGGUGGUGCGUGGCGGCGUUGUAGGAGGCAGCGUACUGGGUAACCCUCCGGGUCUCCCCGUGGGUCGGCCCCCGUCCCGGAGACUGCGCACCCCUCCCGGAGACGCACACCGCGACGAGAACCCCACGGCACCCAGAGGACGCAGAGGGGGCGGACGACCGCCGGUGGGCAACGCCGCCCGGGAAAGAGAGAGGGAGCAGCGAGAGAGAGAGCGGGAACGGGAGCGCGAGAGGGAAACGGAGAGACAAAGAGAACGAGAGAGGGAGCGCGAGAGAGAAAGGGACCGAGAGAGGGAGCGGGAAAGGGAGCGCGACCGGGAAAGAGUGGUGGGGAAUGAGCCCAUGGGAGCAGAGAGGAAGUCUCGCAUCGACCAGCUGAGGAGGGGAGAACCCAGCCGCAGCACUUCAUCAGACCGGCAGGACUCCCGAAGCCACAGCUCACGCCGCAGCUCCCCCGAGUCGGAGCGGCAGGCGCGCUCCCGAGCCGGCUCCUACGACAGCCGUGAGCGCGAGCGGGAGGCGCGUGGAGACCGCGUUGGCAUCCCGGAGCGCGAACGAGACGUCCGCGACGUCUUUGACCGUGACCGCAAGGAGCCUCGACCCCAACAGGCCCCCUUGCUUGGCCUGGCUCCCGUGGGCAUGCUACCCCAGCAUCCGCACCAGCACCCGCACCAGCCGCCGCACCCCCACCCACACCCACACCCUCACCCUCACCCUCACCCACACCCUCACCCUCACCCGCACCAACAGAGAGACUGGGACCCGCAACAUCAGCAGCAGCAGCAGCAGCAGCAGCAACAGCCGCCCCCGCAAAUGCAGAGGGACUGGGGUCCCCCACGCAUGGGCGUCCGCGAGCCCCUGCUACCGCACCGGGGGGCCAACCGCGAGCCCAUCCGGGAGCGCGAGCCCAGGGACCUCAGGGAACAGAGGGACAGGGAACGCCUGCUCCCCGAGGGGAUAUUUGCGGGCGUCGUGCACGAGAGGCUGGAGCGGGAACGCGAGCGAGAGCGGGCUGAGAGGGAGCGCGAGCACCGGGAGAGGGAGAGGAUGGAGCGAGAGAGGGAACGAGACAGGGAGAGAGAGAGGGAGCGCAUGGAGCGGGGGAUGGGUGAGAGGGAGAGGAUGCUCCCCUUUGAUCCCAUGGCGCACCCCCAUCCCCAUCCCCAUCCUCACCCCCACCCUCAUCCUCAUCCCCAUCCUCACCCCCACCCUCAUCCUCACUCCCACCCCCAUCCCCACCCUCACCCCCAUGGGGAGCCCAAAGGCAGAGGAGACGGACGCAUGGAGCGCGGAGGAGACUACGAGCCCCUCUUGCCACGAGAACCUGUCGCCAUGGACGCUGACAAGCCUGCGGACAGCGCACACCCUCCCAACAUGACCGGCGAAAAUGAGAAGGGUGAUAGUCACGAUGAAGAGGAGGAAGACAAGGGGGAGGAUGGCGGCUCCAUGGUGUCGGGAGGAGAGGAGUACGAGCCCAUCAGUGAUGACGAGCUGGAUGAGAUCCUGGCAGACAACGCUCAGAAGAGAGACGACCAGCAGGACGACGACAGAGUGCCAGGUCCUCUGGACGUGAUCGACGUGGACUGGUCGAGCCUGAUGCCUAAGCAGAAGCAGGAGCCGCGGGCUCCAGGGGCGGCUCUGCUCCGCUUCACCCCCGGUGCCGUGCUCCUCCGGGCGGGCGUCUCGCGCCGCCUGGCCGGGCCCCAGCUCAUGGCUCGCGUCAAGGAGGUCUGCAAAGGGGAGCUGGAUGACCCUAAAGAUGCAGAACGCCUGUUUGAGCAUGACCUAGGAGCGCUGAACAUGGCGGCCCUGAACAGGCGUGUGGAGCGGGCCAGCCUGCUGCGGAACCUGGGCUCCAGCUGCAAGGCUCUCAGCGCACGCAGAGACAUCGCCAUCCGCAAACAGCUCCUCAAAAACGAAAAGGGCACAACUAAGCAGCUGUACACCGGCCCCCCGGUGGGGGAGAACGACCUGCUGCAGCUCGGCGUACGUCUCUUCAAGAAGGCCCUGGCCUCCUCGGAAACAGCGGAACGCGCCGCACAGAGCGGAGCAUCCACCACCCCCUCAGCCUCCACCUCCGCUCCCACCCCUCCUCCUCCUCCCGAAGUCUGUGUCUCCUAAGAGGACGAGUCACAGACAGGGCUGUGCUCUGUGUAUGUGUAAGGAUGAGGCGGGGAGAGAGAGAGAGGUGGACGCCAGUGAGUAAACGACAGCAUGAGCCUCAUAGCACUCAUUCUCUGCCCUCAACUUGUAAGUCACAUCCAAGUCCUUUUGUGCAAAACGAAACAAACAAAACCCAAAUAAUCCCCAUCCACUGAAAACUGUUAACUGUUAAAAGUCAGCCAGUGCUUGAAUGGAGGAUUAUUUGAAAUGGCAUGUCCAUCAUAGAGACUGCAGGAUUUUUGCAAGCCGAUGGAUGGAUGGAUGGAAGUGUGGAUUGAUGAAGAGUGGAUGGGUUUGUUUUUUAAAAGGCAGUUCACCGUUUGAGUGGACGUGAAUAACUGUGGGAUGUUUCACAGAAGAGAAUAACUGUUUUGAUGGAAUAGACUUUUUGUUUUUUUUUAGUGAAGUGUUCUGUUUUUUAAAAAUGGAAACAACAAGUCAGUGUCAGUUCUUGAUACCCAGUCGUUAUUGUUGUAUGUUCAUUUCAUCCUUCAUGCCUUGAUGAAUAGAACUGCACAUUAAAAUAAUUUCAUCUUCA